AAUUUGAAAAAAAUGAAGUAGAAGUUGAUGAUGUUGAUAAUUUGUCAUUUGAUAGAUUUUUAAAAGAAAUUAAAAAUGACUAUGAAAACUGUGAACCAAAAUUACAACAAGUAUUUAAGAUGUUUAUUAAAAGAUAUAGAGCAGCCAAGUCACAAUUAAUUGCUCAGGCAAUCAUAUUUUUUUACAAUCUUGAUUCUUCUACACAAAUUAAAAAUGGUGCAAUAAUUCGUGUCCAGCCAGAACGUAAAGUACGACAAACAAAUAAGCAAGGGCACAAUUUGA